ACUGGCAAUUUGAGUUCCAAACGCCCAGCUCGGACGCACUCUCUCUGAGAAAUGGAUCCGACCUCUACAGGCCACCGGAGCCGCAAGACCCGGCCCAAGUCGGACCUCUACUCGACCGUCGUCAUCCACGGCGACGACGACUCCAGCUCCGAAUCCGAGCACGAACAGAACGAACAGAAAAAACGAGAGCAAGAAAGACAACAAGAAGAAGACCUUUACGCCACAAUGUUGUACAAGGACGACGACGACGACGAAGAUGACUCCUCUCUCCCCCCACUCCUCAAACGCCUCCCCAAGGACUUCGGUGGCGGAGCCCCAAUCGACGACGACGACGACAACGCCGAUUUUGGUACAAUGAUCGUCAAGACCGAUCGCACUCGCUCCAGCAACCUGUCUUCUCCGUCUUCCUACUCCCCGUCGAAGCCACGGAGCUCGCCGCUCUCGGAGUACAAGCCCGCGAGACCCGGGAAUAGAAUGAGCGUUGGUGAUGAGGACGAUGAGGGUGAAGGUGAUGGCGAUGGGUUUUCGACGUUUGUGGUGAGGUCAACGGUGAGGGCGAGCGAGAGGGAGUCGGUGAGCGGGACCGUGUUGAGGAGGACUGGUGGUAAAGGGAUGGGGGAUUCGACGAUGGGGCGCGCCGUGGCGAGUAUGCAAGCGGUUGCAGACUUAGGGUUUGGGAAGCAGAGGAAGGGGAGCGGGUCGUCGCAUGGCGUCGGCGAGGAGGGUCGGUAUCCCUUGAUGACGAAGAUGUCGUCGAGUUCGAUUCCUGACAGUGUUACCCGGGAAGAUCCUACUACUAAGUACGAAUUGCUCAAUGAGCUUGGGAAAGGUUCAUAUGGGGCUGUUUACAAAGCUAGGGAUAUAAAAACUUCGGAGCUGGUUGCUAUCAAAGUCAUAUCAUUAUGUGAAGGGGAGGAGGGAUACGAAGAAAUUCGUGGUGAGAUUGAGAUGUUACAGCAAUGUAGUCAUCCGAAUGUUGUGCGCUACCUUGGGAGCUACCAAGGAGAGGAGUAUCUUUGGAUAGUGAUGGAAUACUGUGGGGGUGGAAGUGUUGCUGACUUGAUGAACGUUACUGAGGAGCCUUUGGAGGAGUAUCAAAUAGCAUAUAUCUGUAGGGAGGCCUUGAAGGGCCUUGCUUAUUUGCACUCAAUUUUCAAAGUCCAUAGAGAUAUUAAGGGUGGAAAUAUUUUGUUAACUGAACAAGGAGAUGUCAAGCUGGGUGAUUUUGGGGUUGCAGCACAGCUCACAAGGACCAUGUCAAAGCGCAACACGUUCAUUGGCACUCCACAUUGGAUGGCUCCAGAAGUUAUUCAAGAAAGUCGCUAUGAUGGCAAGGUGGAUGUAUGGGCUCUUGGUGUGUCUGCAAUUGAAAUGGCUGAGGGACUUCCUCCAAGAUCGGCAGUACAUCCAAUGAGGGUUUUAUUCAUGAUAUCCAUUGAGCCAGCUCCGAUGCUCGAGGAUAAAGAAAAAUGGUCUCUUGUGUUCCACGAUUUUAUUGCAAAGAGCCUAACAAAAGAACCUCGUCUGCGCCCUACCGCGUUUGAGAUGUUGAAACACAAAUUCAUUGAGAAAUGCAAAUAUGGACCUUCUGCAAUGUCACCAAAGAUUGAAAAGGCAAGGCAAAUUAGGGCCUCCAUGGCUCUGGAAGCACAAACUCUUCCAACUUUACCAGAAGAUGAUCCACUGCUAGCUCCAAAACUGAAUCAGGAAUAUGGAGAUACUGUUCCAUCAAGGCCUUAUAAUAUUGGGCUUCAAGUUGAAAAUGAAGUGCCUGCAAGUAGCACUUUGAGGAAGCAGCACAUAUCAGAUGGUGUAAAACUGGGUGGAGAAGGUAACUUUGACACCGUGAUAGUUCAUGGUGGAGAUGAGAUGGAAAAGAUAGUCACUCAAUCACAAGUUUCUGAUGCUAAAGAACCCUCCCCUGCUCUUGAACAUGUUGAAAGCCUUUCUGUUCCUGCUGCAGGAGGCAUAUCAACUGCGUCUCGGGUGGAGAAUACAAGAGGUGUUGGAGCAAACAACAAUUUAGUUGGAGAAUCAAAUUCUGUUACACUGACCAUACAAACAUCUCCUUACUCUGUAUCUAGCUCCACUGAGCAGAACCUGAAGACUAAAGGUAUUUCUCAGGCAGAGCUGGGAGGUGGCAGUGGUAUAAGCCGUAGCACAUUGAAGAGUGAUACUGUUAGCCAGAAAGCUUUUGCAUUGCAAGACAAGCUUUGGUCCAUAUAUGCAGCUGGCAAUACAGUACCAAUUCCAUUCUUGAGGGCAACCGAUAUAUCCCCUAUUGCUCUUUUGUCAGACAACGUGCUUGGAGGCAUGCAGCUGGAUAAUAGUGGAACCGUAUGCAUGGAGGCAUUGCAGGAGCUCUUUACUGGCGGCGAUGGACUGUCCAAAAAGGGUCGGAGAGGACAAAAUGAGAUGCCCCUUCCUCCAAGUGUUUACCAAAGGCUCACAUCAAGUUCUACACUAAUGAAUUUGGCACAGGCUUUAGCAUACCACAAAAUGUGUUAUGAAGAUAUGCCACUUCAGGAAAUUCAAGCAACACAGGAGCAGCAGACCAUUCAAAAUCUUUGUGAUACACUUAGAACUAUUCUGCGGUUGUAGAGAAGGCAAAUACUGAUUUGUUUCUACAUCCAUCUAGUUUUGUGGUGUGUUUAUAUCUAUUAAGUUUUGUGGUGUGUUUAUAACUAUUCUGGGUGGCACUAGUUGUGGCCUAACUCAUAGCGCCGCAGCUUUCUGUACAUUUCUAUUUCUGCCCCUCCCCCCUUAACCCUGCUAAUAGUUUCCGUGUACAGUAACUUUGAUCGAUGUUUCUUCUCAUCUACUUGAACUUUCUAACGAAAUUCAUCAACAGUUGAUAUC